AUGAAAUCCUCCGUGCGGAGGACAGCGAAAUUUGCACUAAUAUGGCUACUACAGCUGGUGGCCGCGCAAUGGAAACCUGAGGUUACCAAGCAAAAGUCUGGAAUAUGGCAUAUGUUUCAGCCUUUUGAGGACAGCCCCGUGAUUUUGCGGGAGGAACACUCGAAACUCUGCCGUUCCUCAGAUAGCGGCAAAACUUGGGAACCCGUCGAAUCGAUCAACGAGAAUAUCUCGUACUUCGAAGUAGAUAGAUACUACCCGGGCAAGCGUGCGUUUGCCUAUGCGGUGAAUUCAGGCACCAUAUACGUUACAGAUGACCAGGCAGAAACUUGGAGCGAGAUCAGCCUUACCUGGGGCGAUGAUUUUUUAGAAGAUAAAGGGUAUAGCUACUGUACCGUGAAAACUCACCCUCAGUUUGAAGGCGACAUCAUCGUCUCAUGUAGCGUUUGCAGGGAGCAAGCUCACUCUUGCGAUCAAAAGGUUUUCUUGUCAAAGAACGGCAAAGACUUCAACAAUUUGGACCUGCCCAAACCUGAAAAGACUUCCAGGAAUGAUUACUCGUCCGUUGACUGCGUAUUUUUCCGAGUGUAUAAGGAAUCAGAAUUGGGUGGCGACCAUGAGGUCGUAUGCAUCUCAAGAACCUUGUCCAUUGGGCAUGGGUCGAACUUCUUGAAGGCUUCCUCCGUUAUUACAACAAAUGAUCACGGCAAAACAACUUCAACUGUGCGCAACUUCGAAGGAAUGACACUCACAGAUCUCAAAAUAAUAGGUGAUUACUGCGUGAUAACCACCAUGGAGGACAGGUUCAACUCUGAAUCUGUGAGGCACGUUUGGGUCUCCCACGAUGGUAAGAAUUUUGACGAGGCCUACUUUCCAUCACAAUUGCGUUCAGAUUUGAGCAUCCAAUCCUUAGGAGGAUCCAAGAAGAAGCUUGUCGCAUCUGUGAGCCAGACAGACAAACGCAACUUUGGCGGUGAGGAUCUCCUUUUAUCUGACUCCACUGGUUUGAAGUUCACCCCAAUGUCGUCGCUAUUGUCGGACGAUGCGGGCUUCUACUUUUUGCGAUCGGUAGAUGAACUGGAGGGCACCAUUUUAAGUACUUUCAACGCAUUUGUGAGUGAUCAACCCUUUUCUAGAACCGUUUUGAAAACCAGAAUAUCCUUCGAUGAUGGUCAGUCCUGGUCGUAUUUAAAAGUUGAUGAUCCAAACAACGAAUAUUCUUGUGAUGUCAGCGAUCCAGAAACAUGCUCUGUAACAGGAUCUUUGUAACAGGAUCUUUGUUUGCUAGCUCAAGUCGAAAUGUGGGCUCUCCAUCAACUGCCGGUAUUCUUGCCCUAACUGGUACUGUAGGGGGGACAUUAUGAUCACUCAUGGGACAAACAACAAACCUUCAUAUCUCGAGAUGGAGGUGCAACCUGGAGGAAAAUCUUAGACUUUCCAGCUACAGUGGCUUUUGGAGACCUGGGUAAUAUCGCGGUAGCAGCCCCUCAUUUUUGGAUUUCCAACGGUAAUCCGACCUCUGGGUUUUACUAUUCACUUGAUCAGGGUGAAACCUGGACAGAAUAUGAAUUCGAUGAAGAAAUGUAUAUCCACAAGGUCACACCCACAUCUCUCGACGGAUCUGGCUUGACUUUCAUAGUUUCUGGCAAUAAAGGAAACAGGGAGGAUCAGGAGGGAUUUAUUUACACGGUUGAUUUCAGCUCUGCAUUUGAAAGCAAAAAGUGCUCAAGCGACGAAAUGGAAGACUGGUAUUUGAAUGAUGGCAAAUGCCUGAAAGGUGCAAAGCGUAAGUUUAGAAGAAGAAAGCAAGACGCAAAGUGUCUCGUCCGGGAGCUUUACGAAAAUGCCAAGAUAAUCGAGGAAACAUGUCCCUGUGGCUAUGAGGACUACGGAUGUGCACCUGAGUUUGUCCCAAAUGGAUAUGGAAAUUGUUUACUUGAUCACACUUUACUAUCGCGUUCAAGCGCUUGUACCACACGUAAAUCCCAUGUCAAAUUGGCCCCUAAACAACUCGAGAGAGGAAAUUUAUGCAACAAACCACUUAAAAUUAAUGACCUCGAUGUAAAAUGCACGAGUAACGAAGAUAAGGGAGCAAUUGAUAAUGUUUCGGUUGUUGAAAACGAACUAGAUUUCAAAAUGACCUUCUAUCAAUACUUUGACACUGUUGGUGAUGAAACUAUAAUUGCACUUCCGGACAAGCACGACGUUUAUUUAUCACAUGACAAUGGGCAAAACUUCCGCCAACUCAGAAUUGAUGAUACGAUCAUAGAAGUGAUGUUUAAUCCGUAUUUCAAUUCAUCCGCAUAUCUGUUCGGAAAGACUGGUAAGCUUUACAUUACAAAGGAUAGAGCGAGAUCUUUUUCAUGCAUUGAAUUACCCCACUCAAGACAAUUGGGGUUUCCACUUUCGUUUCAUGCUAAGGAUUCUGAAACGUUCAUUUUCUAUGGUGCCCAAGGUUGCAAAAGUUUGUACGAUGAAGCUUGUCAUGCGGUAGCGUUCGUCACACGGGAUGGUGGUAGUAAUUUCGAAGAACUCGCACAGGGAGCGUACUCUUGCGAGUUUGUUGGCUCGACUUAUGAGCAUCCUUCUGACGAGAGCAUGAUCAUGUGUGCGAUUAAAGAUAAAGAGACUAACAAGAGAUCUUUGGUGACGAGUAACGAUUUCUUCAAAAACAAUCGCAAAGUAGUAUUCGAUGAAAUAGUUGGUUAUGUUUCUACUGGUGAGUACACUAUCAUUGCGGUCCCUCAUGGUUCUGAUGAGCUAAGAGCUUACGUAACAAUUGAUGGUGAAGAGUUUGCGGAAGCAGUCCUGCCAGCUGAUCUGUCCAUUAAACAACAAGCCUAUACCAUUCUUGGCUCCCGACAGGGUGCAAUAUUCUUUCACUUGACAACUGAAUCGUCCCCCGACAAAGAAUUUGGGGCGUUGAUGAAAUCCAACUCUAACGGAACAUCAUUUGUGGUUUUGGAGAGAGCAGUCAAUAGAGGACCUCGAGGCUAUGUUGAUUUCGAAAAACUUCAAGGCUUAGAAGGAAUUGUUUUGGUAAACGUUGUUUCAAAUGCCGAGGGAAUCAAAGAUGGUUCAGAAGAUAGCAAGAGAUUAAAGUCAAAAAUUACAUUUAAUGAAGGAGCCGAUUGGCAAUACAUAUAUCCUCCUCCAAAAAAUUCUGAAGGAAAGGCCUAUGCUUGUAAAUCGAAGUCAUUAGAAGGCUGUUCCCUUAAUCUUCGUGGAUUCACCGAAAGGAGAGACAUCAGGGAUACGUAUUCUUCGGGUUCAGCUCUAGGAUAUAUGAUCGGUGUCGGAAAUGUUGGCGAAUAUCUUCUGCCAUAUGAAGAUUGUUCCACUUUUAUGAGCACAGAUGGUGGAAUUACAUGGGAGGAAGUUAAAAAUUCUCCAUAUCAAUGGAAGUAUGGUGAUCAUGGCAGUAUCAUCGUGCUAGUACCAGAUAGCAAGCAAACUGACACCGUCACUUAUUCAACGGAUUCGGGUAAAACAUGGAGGGACUUCAAUUUCACUGAAGAGGAGUUGUUCGUGGACGAUAUUGUCACUGUUCCCCAGGAUUCCGCGAUGAGAUUUACGAUAGUUGCAACGUCACCAAAUGUUAAAGGUCAAAAAACCAAGACUUUCACGCUAGAUUUCUCGGGUUGCUUCAAUAGACAAUGUGUCCUCGAUUUCGAAAACGAAAGGAAUGACGAUUACGACUAUGCACCGAUUGCCAACCCAGGGUCCGAGUGUUUGUUUGGACAAGGCAGAAUACUUGAAAAAAUAAAUGAUGAUUGUUACAAUGAUGCCGCUCCGCUCAGAGAAAUGGUAAAAAUUGUAAAAAACUGUUCCUGUACCAGAAAUGAUUUCGAGUGUGAUUACAACUUCUACAAGGCUAAAGACGGCCCCUGUAAAUUGGUCGAAGGUUUGGAUCCAUCUGAACCUAGUAAUAUUUGUAAGAAAACAGAUGCCCUAGAAUAUUUCGACCCUACAGGAUAAGAAAAAUUCCGAUGUCAACUUGUGUGAGGGGUUUAGAAUUGGACAAAGCUACCGUGCCAAAGGCAUGUUCAGGGAAAGAAAAAGAGUUUAAUGAAAAAUACAAGGUUAACAGGAUUUCAUUAGUAUUCAUCAUUGGAUUACCGCUUUUUAUUUUUGUCUUCGCCACACGGUUUCUACGAUCGGGGAAUCAAAAGAAAUGGUGGGUUCGCUCGGUUUGGUGAGAUUAGACUAGGUGAUGAAGAGCUAAUUGAAGAAAAUCAAACUGAUCGUGCUGUUAAUGCAAUUGUGAAGUUCGGCGUUUUUGCAUUUACUGUGACGUCCGUGGUAGCUCAAGUUUUUACGCAAAAAGGCAAACGCAGUCGAAGGAUUAAGAUCUAUAUUUUCUCGCAGUAAAAAUGGCCUCAGUUACUCUUCGCUCACUCACGAUCAAUUUUUGGAUGAGGCUGACGAAUUAAUAAAUGGCCAUGAUAAAGAUGCUAGUGACUUGGCGAGUUUGAUGAAAGAUGAUGCCAAUUUAGAUGUGGAUACCGAAGAAAACAGCGGCACACCAGUUCACGAGCCCUACUCAGACCAUAUUGACGCGGCGCAUGAUAGCGCUCCAAAAAAUCAGUCCACAAGACAGUAAA